AUGUCCGAUUACCUUCCCUUCGAUGUCCUGACCAACAUUCUCCUCCGCCUUCCCGUGGCCGCAAUUCUGCGCUGCCGCAGCGUUUGCAAACCUUGGCGGGCUCUGGUCGACAGCCCAGUGUUCAUCAAGCUUCAAGUAGACUACUCUGCCGCCACCACCAAAAACGCCAUCCUCUUCAUCCGCGAAGUAGAUUUGUUCGAACUUGAACACGGCGACCUCCACUCUGCCCCCUACAUCGACGGCCUCCGCCGCGAAGCCUCUCUCAGCAUCGCAAUCUCGCCUUCAGUUCCACGGGAGUGCAUGAACCUAUUCGGUUCGUGCAAUGGGUUGCUCUGCUUCAGCGACGGCGACGAAAAGUUCAUCAUAACAAAUCCAGCCACGCGGAAAUCGUUCGUUCCCUCGCAUUGCGUUUCCCACUGCAGCUUCGGACUCGGGUUCGACUCCCUUUCUAGCACAGGGGUUUACCUUACCGGAUGCGGAUUUGGGUAUGAUUCUGUCUCCGGCGACUAUAAGGUCGUCGCAGUAUACCGGAUAGUUCAUCGAACUGUUGGCCUUUCGGAACUGAUUAGUUAUGGGGUUGGUUCUAAUUCAACUUUAACCGUUGAUUUUCCUUAUUCAAUCCCCUUUCCUAAUAGAGUAGGUUCGUCGAUUGGUGGGGCGAUUCAUUGGAUAGCUCGUGGGCAUGACAAUGUCGCAGUGAUUGUUGGCUUUGAUUUAGGGCUCAACCAAUGCAGGGAAGUCCCACAGCCAGAGUACCCAAAUGGGAAAUCGUCGGACAUGAGGCUUCGAGAGCUGGGGAAGUGUUUAUGCAUCUUCGCCAACUAUAAGGAAAGGUUUGUGGAUGUUUGGAUGAUGAAAGAGUAUGGUGUUAAGGACUCAUGGAGCAUAAUGUUCUCGAUCCCAUAUCCCGGGUUGUGCUACAAAUAUGAGAUCCGACCUCUCGGAUUCUCCAUGACGGGUCAUGAGAUUCUUCUCGAGUUGGAUUGCACGAGGCUUGUUUGGUACGACCUGAGAAAUCAGACUGGUCAUGAGAUUCUUCUCGAGUUGGAUUACCAUUCAACAAAGGAGGUUACCAUCCAUGGAUUGGGUCAGGGGUUUAUAAAUGCCAUUGUUUGCUAUGGCAGCCUGGUUUCACCCGAUUGCAAAUUUCUCCCGGGCGGAAGUCGACAAGAAACAUCAGCAACCAAGUCUCGAAAAGAAGAAGAGGUGGGCUGGGAUGAUGUCUCCCCUACUGAGUUUUAG